CAUUCCCAAAAACCAUUCCCUUUAUAUAUAUACAUAAAAUUAUCAUAUAAUCAUUGCAAUACUACACUUUUCUCUCAAUAUAUAUUACAUAUAUAUUUAUGUGCAAGUUUUCUUUUGUUGCCCUCUUGAAUUUUUCUUUCUUUAGGUAAAUUAUACAUUCAAAGGGUUUUGAUUUUCUUUCUUCCCUCAGCUACCCAAUAAUCCGUGUUUGUUCAUAUCUUCUUAUUGGAUUCUGUGAGAGAAAGUAUUUUUCAGUGAAACCCUUUUUUUUUCGAGAAUAAAAAUGGAGGAAAAAGGAGGUUUCGAUGAACAGUGUAUGAAUCGGAUUCCCGACCUUUCACUGCACAUUAGCCCUCCCAACACUGCUCCACCAUCGAUUUCCACUGCUACUACCAACGAAAGCCAUUCAUCGACCUUUGAUAUUUGGAGCAACAAACAGUACGAUGCCCUAAAACCCUGCAGCAGCUCCCAAGCAGCUGAAACGGAGCUUUCUUUAGCUAAUCCACUAGGUCCAGUCGGCAGUGGCUUACAACCUGAGAGUUUCCCACGGCAAAUUCAUCUUCUCAAAUGCGGUCAACUAAGUGAUAUAAACUAUGGGGUUUCAUGGCUCGAUGAUAUGCCUGAACCAGGUUUGAAACCCAUCAAGGGAAUCCCAAUAUAUACGGAUCCUCGUAAGUCACGGCCGCUAUAUCAAGUGUCCCCUUAUUCGUCUUAUAAUUGUUCAUCAUCAUCAUCAGCUUCAGCUCCUUGGGUGCUACACUCAGCCAAUGGUUAUAGGUUUAAUGGGAUCUCAAUGCCUCAAUACGAAGGAAGCAUGGGUAGUUCAAGGUUUAUAGCUAAAGUACAUAGCAAAAAGAAUAUAAGGGCACCAAGGAUGCGUUGGACCAGCUCUCUCCAUGCUCGGUUCGUUCAUGCUGUCGAACUUCUCGGUGGCCAUGAAAGAGCAACCCCAAAGUCAGUUUUAGAGUUAAUGGAUGUCAAAGAUCUAACACUUGCUCAUGUCAAAAGCCAUUUACAGAUGUAUAGAACUGUUAAGAGCACUGAUAAAGCUGCAGCAGCUUUCUCAGAUGGAUCAGGAGAAGAAGAUGAAGAUUGUUUGGGUGUAGCCAAAAAUAGCAACAGUUCAGUGAAGCAGAGAUCAACAGAGACAGAAUAUAAUGUUAAUGGCUGCCCCUCCUCUUCUAACCUUUGGGCUAUCUCUUCUACAGGGGUUCAGUUGUCGAGUUCGGGGACUCCGGUUGGGUCUACACCCGAAGCUCCGUCGUCUCAAUCCGGAAACCACUUCGAGGGAAGCAACAGUUUUGCUGAUAAAAAAAGCACAACAGGGUCAAAUAUUGAUUUCCAUAAUCCAAGCUUGGAGUUCAGCCUAUGAAGAUCAGAUUGGCAGGGUGAAGAACAUGGGUGACCAUAUGUUUUAAGGAAAAUGGAGCUAAAUCGAAUCUCACUUUAAAAGAUAAAACUUUGUCAGUAUUGUUUUCUCCCAGCCGAAACAGGUUUGGAGAUGAAGUUGCUGAGCAAUGUUUGAUUUUAAAAAUGAAAUUUGCAUUGUAUUUUCUUAAUUAAUGUAUAUUAUAUUUCUAGCCAAUUAAGCUAGCAAAGAUCCUUUUUCCAUUGUCUUUUCAAGAUUUUAAGUGAGGGUGUGAAAAUUUGACUUUAAA